AUGCCUAACAUCGAGGCCCCGAGGCUCAAAGGGGCUCAAAGGCUCUAUCAUAGUUGUAAACUCUGAGGGUAUUUUCAACGCAAUAGAUUUAAAUCAAAUCUGCGAUCACUUAUCAUAAAUCAUAAAACAUAAAUAGUUUCUUUAUAAUUUAUACUGUGUAAUUUUUGUAUUGUUUAUUAAUAUAAUUUAUUAUUAUUAUAACCUACCCGUUUAACUUAUAUAUAUUAUUAUUCCGCUGAUAAAAAAUAAAAAUUGAAUAGCGCGUUCAAUGAUAAAUAGUAUUAAAAUAUAUAUAUUUUCUGCUCCCUCCCCCCUAAGAGUAAAAACAGGACAUUUCAGUUAUCUUUUUUUACAAAAAUUAUUACGCGAUUUGUAUGAAUUUAUGUAACCAAAUUGAUAUGUAUGUGCAACCCUUUUAUUUACAAUUUUUCGUUAAACGCUUUUUGCUGUUUUCUCAGUUCCCCUCGAGGGCGAAAACUGAUUUUUCUGAUUUUCAACCUUAUGAAAACCUUCACAACAAUUGGUGAAAACAUUGAAGUGAUUUUAUUUUAAUUUUUCCGACGACUUGACGAACAAAAUUUUUAUGAACUUGAUAGAAUAUAUGUAUAGUGUUGGUUUUGCGUUAAAAAUUAUUAUAAGGGAUAUUUUUAAGUUCUAUUUCAAAAUAAAAUCGCACUUUUUAUUUGUUCAACCAAUUUUAAUAUAUAAUUAAUUUAUGUAUAAUACUGCACGAUUGCGCACACAUGUUCAUAUAGGUCACAUAAAUUCAAACUAAUCGCACACUCAUUUUUUGGCAAAAGAAAAAUACGGAAAUGUCAGUUUUUCAACCUCGAAAAGAGGAGAAAGCUUAGGAAAUGGCAAACAUUGUUGAACGGAUAAUUAAGGGUAAAGGGAUGGCGCACAAAUUUCCAUUUGGGUCACACAAAUUCACACAAAUCACGCACUAAUUUUUAGUUAAUUAUUUUUAAUUAUAUUGAUAUUAUAAUUAUUAUAUAAUAUUAUAUAAUAUAAUAAGUCUACAUUUAAACAAAAUUUGUAUUAUAAGACAAGAUAAGUACAAAAAAUGGGCUGGUAUUUAAAUACAAAUAUUUUAAUACAUAAUAUAAAACAUAAAUAUAAAUUGUUUUUUUUUAUUAAAAAUUUAACUUGUAAAAAAAAAUUCAUAGUAAUAAAUAAUUAUAUUAAAAUAACAAUUACUUAAAAAAAAUGAAUAUUUAAAUUUGUAUUCUACGGCAUUAUCUUAGGACCUAUUUUUAAUGUUUUCAAAAGUAAUAUUUAAUUUAUCUAAAAGCUGUGAAAAUAAUUUUAACAAUAGCUGAACAGAAGAAAUGCACUUUUUUAAGUUGCUAUUUAAUAAUGUGAUCGGUGUAUCGAGAACUAACUUAAAUUCUCUUUGGCAAAAUAAAUGUAUUGUUAAUUCAACCUCUGUUGAUGGUGUUAAGCCGAUUCAUUUAGGACAUAAUCUUCUAUGAUGACAUAGGAAAAUAUUUUAACUCUUAUAUUUAUUGUAUACUUAAUAUAAACUAUUUAUGAUUAAAUAAUUAAUUACUUGAAACAUUGUUAAAUUAUUAUUGAAUGAUAUAAAUUGCCGGCUCAAUAGAUCGAUGAAUCUAUGUACCGACUGAGCCCAACUAGUUAAGUCAUGGGGUGGCCUACCCCCUAUAACCCCCAUCGGGGUAGCCCUGAAUACCGCACGUGUAUAUGAACUUCUAAUUUAUAAUUCUCCCGGUAUAAAUACUGUAUAGUAAAAAUUGUCGAUUAAACACCCGGAAAUUAUGCCUCUAGAAUGUUAUUAACCCCUCCCUAUUUUCAAUGGGAAAUGAUUGCUGAAUCUGAAACAAGUUUUCAAAGACUGCACGUCGUCAGGUCAUUUUAAAUAUUUCCCGUCUUAAAAUUUCGGAAAAAAAAAAAUAUUUAAAAUACAUAGACCGGCUCGGCAAUCUUAUUAAUUAUGCGGGUUGUAUUUUUUUUCUUCUUAUUUCUCAAGGUCACAUUUAUAAAACAUCAAAUUUCAUUUUUACUACUUAAACUAUAUUAUCAAUUUAUAUCAGCGCUAUAGUAUAUGUAAAUAUGAUUAUACAUAAUGAGUUUUAAUAUACAGAUUUAAAAAAAAAAAUUGUUUUUAAGAAAAUAAAUUUUAAAUGUAAAAUUCCAAAGUAAUGCGAUUUUUGUAGCUGAAAUUGAUUUUUUAAUAAUAUUGAUAUCAAUUCACAAACUUUUUGUUUAGAUUCGUAGUGCAGUGCACAAAAGUUCAUUGCUAAGGCGAGAAGCAAUGGCACCCAAACUAUACUUCGAGUAUAUCAGUUGCUACACGUCAUUGGGAUGAUUCCUCCUGGGAAAAUCAAAAAAUGACAUUAACAAGUAAGGGAAAUCUGACUGGGAUGUCAGAUUUCCCUUUCAAAAAAAAGUGCUAUCAUUGUAAAUUGAAGCAAAAUUUUUGGUAGAAAAGUUGUUCACAAAAAAAAAAUAAAUAAACAUCACUGUUAAACCAAUACAUUCCUCGCUCCACUCAAAAUUUAAAAAUAAUAAAUUGAAUACCUAUUAUAGAUAAGAUUUUUAAAAAAAAGUGAUAUUCAUUGAAUAAUAUGCUGAAAGCAGAGGCGUAGCUAAAAAUAUUUUCCUGGGUAAGCCAGGUAAAAUAAUAUCAAUAUUUGAAUAGGAAAGACCACUAAUAAAAAUUUUUGAUAUUAAAAUUGUGCUAAUUUUCGGAGAAACGUGGAUAGGCCCGAGCCUUCCGGGCUUACCCGCUGGCUACGCCACUGGUUGAAAGUGUAACUAACCUCCUUCUGCAGAUAGCAUUGUGAAUAGUACAUCAUGAUCAUCACAAAAAUCUUUUACUCAGUCCAGAAUACAGAAUACAUCAUCGGGACAUUAAUUUUUAAAAGACAAUAUGGCACUUUCUAUGAUAUUUACAGAUUUGUUAAACGUACCUAGCAGAUUCGCUUUGAAGUCGGUAGCUUUACACAUUUAUAGUUAAUAACAAUUUUUUAAGGAUGAAUGAACAGAUCCGUAUACGGUAGCACCCGUAUACCUAUUAGAAAUUCCACCUAAAACCCAUGUUAGCGAUUAUUAUAUCAUUUGUACAGAUUAUUAACUAAAAAAUCUAUACAACACUUCAAACUCGAUGCAUUCAUUUUUAAAUUUCGGAUGCUGGCAUGACAUACUGAUAUCGCGUCCCGUGUGUGUGCCAAUGGGCAUUUUUAAAUUCCAUGCAUAUAAAAUGAACUAAAAAGUAAAUAAAAAUGGAAAAUGUUUAUACAAAUAUUUUCUCACGUAUAUAUCACGAUAUCGCCGUCGAAAAUUGAAUAAAAUAAUAUUAAAUAAUAACAUACAUCGGAUACAUAUAAGCAUCGAGCGUUCUCGGCGAAAUAAUAUGUAAUAAGUAUAAAAAAAAAGCCCGCGAAUUCACACGUGGGUACAACCCCUGUUGUAGGUAAGUAGUUGAGAAGGUAGUAGAAGGGAAAUUUAAUGUAUAUCUGUAAGCAACAAUAAACCGUUGCUAACGAAAAACGAUUUUGAGCGGAGUUCGGUUAAUAGUGUUGCUUUUUCAACAAUAUGUAUGUCACAUUAUGAUAAAAUAAUUACAUUUGCAUUAUGUAUUUGCUUUAAUACAAAUUGUUUAAUAUUAAUCUGAAUUCCCGUUUUUCCUACGUUUUCUUGUGUUUUUUCCCGGUAUUUUGUAUUUUCUGAGAAAACUCUUGGUAAAAUCGAAAAACAACCUUUUUUUUUUUUUUAAUUGUUAUUUAAUUUUAAACUAAUUUUAUAAACAUAGUAUUUAAACAUUUAUUUCGUAUUCCAUAUACUUCUACAUAAAUGACUUAGUAUUUUAUAUAAAUAUUUUUCAAAGAUAUUUGAAAUCUAAUACUUUUUAAAAAAUUAUUUUUAAUACGAAAAACAUUGUGUCAUAAAUUAAAUAAGUAUAUGAAUUAUAAUAUUAUAUAAGAACUGUUGUUCAAUAUUCACAUGGACAAAAUUACCAGCGUUAGUAAUAAAUAUGUGUAAAGAAGUGUUUGAAAGUAUAUUUUACAAGUUUGAUGAUAAUAGGAAAAACACUUAAUACUGAAAUCCAAAACAAAUACGUCACAAAUGAUUACAUAGAUAAAUCUGUAAAAUUGAAUUCAUGAUUUUAACUUGAGAACCAAGUCUGAACUGCAAUUCGGAUUAAAAUUUAAUUAUCAGUUCUAGAGUAAAAAAAAAACGUGUCUAUCCAGGUUCAAAAAAGCAAAUGAAGAAGAUUUACAAAAGAGGAAGGUUGACAGUAAACUAGAUGUUUCCAAUGGAGUGAAAGUUUAUUAUGGCGGUCGUAUAGAUACUAAAAUCAUAAUACAAUCACUUCAACAAUGUUAUUUUGCUUCAAUCCAAACCAUAACUCAUAGGUGUAUAUUAUUUUAAAAUGCAUAUUUGUAUAUUUACGUUAUGUUGAUUAAAUAUUGUUUUGACCGAUAUAGAAUUUUCGUAAUAUUUUAAAAAAUUUACCAACUAUAUAUUAAACUUAUAAUUUAAAAUCUGUUAUAGUUUAUUCAAGACUCAGGAACAUAUACAGAUAUUUUUUCCAAGGGUGCUGGCAAUUUUCUUUCAUAAAUACUGAUCAAAGGCACCUUACUUUUAUUUACAACUACUAGGAAAUUUCGACUGCAGCAUCUGCGAAAUUUAAUUAAAUAUGCCUUAAUAAACUUUAAUUGAAAAUUGUAUUGAUUUAUAACUACAAAAUGUUUCUCCGUGUUUUUUCGUCUGAAAUUUUUGAAUAUUUUGCUUGGUCAAACAAAUCGUAUUAAUAUAAUUCGCUUCUUCGUACUCAACAUUCCGUAAUUUUUACGAUUUUCCUCCAAAUUUGAAUUUCAAUUGUUUUUAAAUAACUCAUUCGUAUAUUGUCAAAUUGUACCACGUCUAGAAAGUUUUAAUAUAAAUAUUUGAUAAAAAUUGCAGGUCUCGAGAAUAUUUCUAUCUGAAUUACAAUAAAUAAACAAAAUGGAAAAAAACACCAGACUAGAAACGUUAUCGCCUAAAUAUUUCGGUUUUUCUCUGUUUUUGUUCAACUAUAAAGAAAACUACAUGGCAAAUCAAUAAAAAAAUGAAACGAUCGUUUUAAUAGUACAUUUAAAAGACAAAAUUGUUUACCAGAAACCACCUCUGAAGUCGAUAAUCAAAGCAAGAUAUUUGGUAUAAAAGUUUUUAAAAGACAGGAAAAACAAACACUCGCCAUAGUAAAUAACCAAUACCCACUACAGGUAUAAAAAAAAUAUAUUUUUAUUUAAUAAUGUUAUAAUACCUAUAUAAUUAAAAAUUCAAUACUUUCUGAGAUAAUGAAUGUAUCGCCUUAAAUGGAUCAACUGGUAUAACAACUGACAAGCUAUCGAUUACAAUGAGAAAAAUUCGCUGGCUCUUAAAAACUUGUGACUGUAUUUUCUGAAUAUUCUAACUAAUUAUUUUCCAACAAGUUCUACGCAUCAUUGCUGUUCGAAUAAUAUAUUCAAUGUUUGGAAAGAAUACGUUAAAUUUUACAUAAUUUAGCUACGCGUUGAAAUUGUAGGAAAUUCAAACGUGUUAUUCACACGAACUUCGGUUUGUUUAUUUAACGUUAAUUUAAUAACAACAAAAAAAACCAUAAUAAUAUUAUGCAAUUCUCGCGUUAAAUUUGGUUUUUCUAUAAUCAGGUUAACAAUGGAAUUAUAUGCAAAUAAUUAAGCAGUGCAGUUGUAUAUAAUAAUUAUCAAGUAUUGUGGAGGUACAGGUUAUUUCGAGGCAAUAGUAUAUAAACAGUAUAUUCACAUCGUUCUGAUUAGUAUUUUAUGUACCUCCCUACAACAAAUACAAAGCUGUACUUCGAUUACAAAAUAAUAUAAUAUUUGUUUAAAAAUAGAAGUUUUGUUUGAAACCGUAAAUAAAGACAAAUUUAAUGGCAUUAUGUCAUUUUAAGGUUCAGUGACUCGUCAAUAUUUUUCCGAUAGCGACACGUACGCCAAACCGAUUCCGACUCUAAUCGUAGAUUUCACAUUUUUAUGUAAGAACCGGGUGCCGAAUAAGUUCGCCGACACAACAUCUUCGGUUUUCCCUCGUCCGUUGACGUGCAGCUCACACACUAUCGGUAAAUUGCAACGAGCUAUUGCAAUUAGACAGACACAGGUGAUUUUCGUUUUCCAUUUGGAAUCAUAAAAAAGUACUUCUUUGGAUGAUAUCUGGUUGAAAGUAAGAAAUAAUUUUAUUAAAAGCAUCUAAAAAAUAAAAAUAAAAAUUAGAAAAAUAUAAGUUCUCUAUGUUUAUUUGUCACUAAGUUACAAAAAAAAAACUCGAUACACCAGCAGAAUCUGUUUUUACAGAACCAUUUCGGGUUUUUCCGGUUUCUCACAUUUGAAAUGACAUAUCCUAGGGGUAGCUAAUGGGCAUUAGCCUCCCACCAUUGGCCGUGUUAAAACAAAAACCGUUUAAAGCUUAUCACUACUAAAAUAAUAAUGGUUGCACAAAUUGUACACUACUUACUCAGUUACAAGUGCAGAUAACUACACAAUUACACAACGAUGUAUUUUACAAAAUAACCUAAAGAAAAGGCUUUAAAUUGUUUAAUUACAUAGAAUUUUCUUUAAUGAAUCGUAUAGAAUGAUACGCUUCCCUCCUAUUGACGAACCAUGUGUACCUACAUCUCUGCCAACCGAUUAAUUAAAAAAAGUUCAGUAAAAAUAAUAAUUUCUCAAUGCACCAUCUAAACAACAUUUCUGUAACCACGACUGAUACUGAAGAUUACAACAAGUCAAAAACUCGACAAAAAGAAUAUGACAGAUACGUACUCGUAUAACUCAUUCAAGACAAUAAUAAUAUAUUUAUUAUUUUAUUUAUAUUUUAUUAAGACUAUACUCAAUAUAUAAAUAAUCCAAAAGUGUCACAUAACGAUUUGUUUGUUCGUGAGUUAAAUAUUUUCCUCUUUGAAAAAUCUACUUCAAUAACAUUAUUGUGUUGUUUUUCAUUGUAUCAAUAAUAUUUUCGAUUCAACCUCGAGUCCUCGAAUAAGCUAAACGCUAAAUUAUAUUAUAACGAUGACGUCGAUUGACGUCAAUCGAAACUAUAAUAUGUUGCUCAACCAAACUCACUUAAUAAUCGUAUUAAUAGAAGGCCACCCUCGCAUAUAUUAUUUACUGUGUCAUCACAUUAUAAUAUGUACGUUGAACUUAAUUUUAAAUAUUUACUUUUAAAAUAGCUGUAAUUAUAUUGUAUUAUGCUGUUCGGUAUAAUAUUUAGUGUAAUAAUAUAAUAAUGUCUAGCUACGAAAAAUACUAAUAGUUGAUUAAUCUAGCGUUUUGGAUCUGGGGAAAAAAAAAAUGUCAAAAUAAAAUAUUUCGUAGGACUCUUGCUAGUAUAGGUAUUGUAUAGUAUGGAUUUAAUUAAAAUAAUAAGAUUAUUGUAUUUUUCCAUUUUAUUCCAACCAAUUUAUUAAAAUACGAGUAUUAGUUAUGUAUGUUCCCAUACAGUUUUUUUAUGAUUACACUAUCACAUUAUGGGCCUUACAUGGGGUAUUUUAUGUAAUUAAUUUGAUUCAUACCCGUGAUUAACAAAAUGCAGAGAUUAUACAGCGUUUAUGUUUAAUAUAACCUUUGAGAAUACCACUAGAUAUAAUAAUCCACGUAGAAAUUUGUCGGAAAAUGAGUACGAAAUUUCAUAUUAUGAAGCGUUUUUCAAUAGUGUUUUAACAUUAUUUCCCAGACCUAAAAGUCAUAAAGCGUUAUAAAAAUUGUUUUGAAAAUACUAUACCUAAUUUAUUUAAUCUAUAAUAUUUACUAGAAAAAAUUAUGAAUGAGUCAUAAAACAGACUUGACCACAAUUUAGUUAUCACUACUUUGAUAGACUGAUUAUUUUGGGAGGGUUUCUGGGACUUGGCCCUUUUUUCGUGGUUAGGUUUUUGCUGAAGAUAUCAUUCUUUUGGUCUGCGUUAAGAAAUUUAAAAUAGAUAUUGCAGUAUAAUAUCAGAGAGAAAAAUGUAAUGUUUCGUUUAUCGUCAUGAACACGAAGAUAUACCUUAUAAUUAUAUUAUAAUGUUAUUUCAGAUUAUCAAUUAAAAUGCGUGGUUAUAAAUUGCAAAACAUUGUAUACAUACGCUGUUUACCAUUACAAUUCUCUAUCUUUACAUACCUGUAUUAAGUACGCCGGUGGCUAUUUGUGUGUACAGUAAAUUAAAAUAUCUACCUAUCACCUGUAUUUUUAUUAUAGACAAACUCCAAUUUUUCGCAGAUGUAAGGAUAAUUUUGUUCUCAUGUAUUAUAUUUGCAGUGUAAUCAAUCCUCAAUAGGACACUCAUUAUCUCGGUAUGUAUUUACUUUUUCGGAUUUUUUUUUCUUAUUUACCAACUUAAAAUGUUACGUUAUUAUUUGUGUGGGUGAAAUUUUAGGGAAGGAGCGAGUUCCUAGAACGCAUUCCUACGAAAGGAAUGCAGUCCGUUUCAAAUAUAGGAAUGAGAACCGGAAAAGAGUUGGUUCCUAUUUAUAAGAAACGAUAACAAAAAUUUCCUUACCUUCUAUUAAAAAAAAUAGUAAUUGUUAUAAAACGCUCGUUAUUUUAAUGAUAAUAAUGUCUAGAAAUUAUUUAGUGUUAGUAUCACUUUGUCAGUUACUAUUAAAUUACCACAGUUUAUGAUUGCAAUAAUGCAAUCCCAACUUUUCCAUUUUUAUUAACAUAAUAACAAUGUUUAUUCAAAGUUCCAUAAAAAGAUGACGUUAGUUAAAAUAAAUUUGGAUAUUAACAUUUUUUUUUUUUAUUUUUAUCAACUGUAUGUAUAAGACUUGAAUAUAUGUAUACACACUACGGAAAGUCUAAAAAAAAUAGCCCUUUACGUACUUUACUUAAAAUAUUCUAUUUUUUUUUUUUUUUUUGUUUUUCCGAAAAAAGGGUUAGAUUAACUAACUAGAAACCACAGGAACUCGCCGUUUAGUACCUUGCAAUCAAUAUUUAUCCGGAAGCGGUUUAGAUUUCCCGGGAGCCGACUAGUUUUGUUUUCAAAUCAACCUCCUUCUCUUACUUUCAAGUGUAAUGUUUUUGCGAGUUAAAUAUUAUUCUAGUGCUGAAUAUACUGCGCGACGAGUCAACGACAUUAUAAAUACUGUGGAUAGAUACUACCCAAACGCUGAUUUUUAAAGGUUUAAUAUUAUUAUGAUUAUUGUGUACUACAGCGCAUCGACCUGAAGUUUUGAAACACUAAAUAAAAUUAAAAUAAUAUAAUUUAUUGCAAUUAAACUACGCGGUACUUACAGUUAUAAUUGGUUACGCGUACGCUGGUGCACGCAUGUAUACCGGCUCGGAAAACCUGCAGUAUUAUUUGUCGGUUUUUAGCAUACCUAAUAAUAUAAUAUUUUAUAGUUAGUGCCAAAUCAUCCGUAUUUUUACUAUCGGUAAUAUAAAUUAAAUACCUACAGACUACUAUUACAGACUAAUAUUUUAUACACCGUUAAUUUUUUCUCGUAUACUAAACUUACUCGUAUAUCUUUAUGCCAACCGAAAUUCCCGCAGAUAGUUGUACCUACAGGUGCGGACUGGAUCGGUAGGAUUAUUAAUAAUUUGAGCUGGUUUAAUAAAUUUAAUAUUUUCUGAGACUAAACUUUCUGCACGCUAUAAUAAUAAUACCAACUAUUAAUAGGUAAUUCACAAUAUAUGUAGCAUUCUGUAAUUUAUUUUCAUUUUGUCUUUUGUGUUACAUAAUAUAUUUUCAAAAAUAAUUAAUAAACUAUUCUAAUAGUAAAAUGAAGAAAUUUAAAAUCAAGAAUUUUAAGGUUAAAAACCCUAUUAAAGGCUGAGCUAAAAAGUUCCCUAUUAGACGAGCUGCUUAGUUACUUAAUACUGGAAAUGACAGAAAUAAAAGAAAGCUUAACUAUUUUAAAAUUAAGGUAAGAUGUUAGGUGCUUUUCUAACUAAAUUAUCUACUUUUUUAGAUUCUGAGUGGAGCGAGGAAUGUAUUGGUUUUACAAUGAUGUUUUUUUUUUUAUUUUUUUUUUUUUUAUAUGGACAGUUUUUCUAUCAGAAAGUUGACUCAAACUAUCAAUUAUAACACGUUUUUUGAAAGGAAACGUUCUCUGGAUGAUAAUUUAAAAAGGUCAAUUUUUUGAAAUUCACAUUUAUAUUCGGGACAACAAGAAAAACCUGAUUAUUUAAGUUAAAAAAGAUUGAAAGAUUAAAAAAGGACAGAUAUACUUCGCGCGUGGGUGCAGCCAUUUUUGUAAAUGGGAAGUUAAAAAUGUUGAAUACAGACAGGAAUUUAAUGUAUAUCUGUAAGUAACGAUAAACCAUUGCUAACGAAAAAACGAUUCUGAGCGGAGUUCAGUUGAUAGUGGUGCUUUUUGAACGAUAUAUAUGUCAUAUUAUAGUAAAACGAUUACAAUAAUGUACGUUUCCAAGAGAACAAUGAUUGUUUAAAAAAGAUUAAAAUAAUACAAACUUAAUAAUAACAAAAAAUAAAUAAAAACGGUUGCCAAUGGCAACCCUAUUUUUAAUCUGUCAAUCUUUUUUAACCUGAAAAACUAGGUUUCCCUCGUUAUCUCGAAUAUAAAUGAGUAUUUCAAAAAAUGGCAUUUUUAAAAUAUCACUUAAAGAACAUAUCCUUUCAAAAAAGAUGUUAUACUUGAUAAUCGGAUUAAAUUUUCUAGUUGAAAAAGUGUUCAUAUAAAAAAAAAUAAUAAUAAUAAAUAAACAUCAUUGUAAAACCUAUACAUUCCUCGCUCUACUCAGAAUUUAAAAUAAGGCUGUCAUUGGCAACCGCUUUUAUACAUUUUUUGUUAUUAUUAAGUUUUUAUUACUUUUUUUAAACAACUAAUAUUUUCAUGGAAACGCACAUUGUUGAAAGGCAAUACUAUAGACCGAGCUAUAUUAAAAUUAAACAAAUUUCGAUUGCGAUACAUUCUUUUAACUAUUUUUUUAUAAUACAUUAUUUCAACCUUUAUAUUAUGUUUCAUUAAUCUAUAAUUAAGCAUCAAUAUCAAUUGAACUCGUCUUUUCAUUAGCAAUGGUUUAUCAUUGCUUACAGAUAUACAUUAAAUUCCCUACCUACCUCCUCAACUUCCCAACUACCACAGUGGCUGCACCCCCGUGCGAAAUAUGUCCGUCUUUUUUUAUAUAGAUUUAUAUUUAUUAACUCAUAUUUACCUGAAUGUAGGAUAAUUUACAAAUUCUUUAAAAGUUGGUAUUAGAUUUUCACUGGUUAAAAAAAAUGUCGGUCCCCUCAUAUAUUCUUCUCCGCUAAGUAGCGCAAAAACAUAUUAUAGCUUUCCUAAUAUGAUGUGUUUUUAUCGGAAAACAUUUUUUCGUUAAGUCAAAAUCUUCGAUUUGUUCACGCCGUACUUACCGUUCGGUAGUACUUUAUCCAAACAAAAAAACGCCUAGAUUCCCAACAGUUUUUUUGAAAAAUAAAAAAUAAACCUACAACAAAUGUCGAAACAUUUUGGUUUCGUUUACGCUGGAUUCUGGGUAAUACUACAAAGUAAAAGCCGUGACUAAUACCAUUGAUUAUAAAUCAAUGCUAAUACAAAUAUUAUCAAUUUACCAAGGUCCGCUCAGAAUCGUUUCUCGAUUACUUCCGUUGAUUUUAAACUAAAUUGCUCGACAUAAUCGAUUAUACCGUAGAUACAAACUUCACGCAUACAACUUACAGUGGCCGCCAUUGCGCGAAGUACGUUCGCCUUUUUUUGUCGUUUAUACCUGCACGAUUCGUACACGCGACCGUUUUUAUGUGGUAUUUUGACAAACGAAAUUAUACAUGGCUAAAAUUUAGCCAUGCGAAAUUAUUUAUAGCGUAACGUCGCGACGGCCAUAAUGCUACAUUCGACCGCCGCGACUAUUUGAUUAUUAUUAUUGGUGCCGACUGUGUUACGAAAAACGGAAUGAAAGAAAGAAAGAAAGAAAGAAAGAAUAAAAAAAUAUGUUGUCCUCGAUGACCAGUUCGACCACGCGCGCGCCACUUUAACGCGCACGCUCGACCACAGAUGGCGUUCGGUCGAGGCGAUACUCCGUGGCGGCGGCGGCGACGACGACAGCGGCAACCGAUCAGCUGUAAGUCGUUUCUUUCGCCAUAAUAUACCGCGCGCGGUUCGUGCGGCAGUGUAGUAGUCGUAGGUACACACUCCCGUAAUAAUAUACCGUACCCGUACGAUAAGUGAUUACAUUAUUAUUGUACUAUUAUAUUGUCGAAGGUAAACAAAUCGGUCGUUUCGGGGGCCAGUCGCGUUCGCCGACGUAUCGACUUUGGUCCGUCGUUCGCAACUAGCGCAACGUAAAAUAAUCGCAUUCAUUUAAUAAACACACACGCGAAAUAGAAUCGCAUUUUGUUGAUCUACGUUCCGGUGCGCGGGUGUGACAUUAUCGGACAUUUCACCGGUGUAAACGAACGUUUCAAAGUUUAUCGUAUAACAACAGUAAUAAUAUUAUUAUUAUUAUUUUUUUUUUUUUUUGUUUCACCCUUUUCGCGCUUAUUAUAAUAUUUUCGUCGGCGUUACAGUUGGUUGUCCACGCUAUCCCUCGACACUCGACACGGUUUUUACGUUUUUCGCUUUAUUCCGUGCCCACGUUAUCGGCAGUGCGAUUUUUACAGUUGUUGCAUUUUUUUCCCCUCCGAUACCUACCGACCGUAGAUACCGUUCCCCGAGCCGAGGACCGAUCCGCCGCCGCACGUCCUGCCCGAGGAUAACCGCUCGUCCGUAUUAACAUUACACGCCGGCUAAGGACAUAGGUAAUGCGAUUUAUAUAUUUAUUUUUUUUUUUUUUUGUCAACGUACGGUGGUGGAUUUAUAAAUAGGUAUUUUAAGCACGCGUGCGUGUGACGGUUAUUUUCGAAUAUCGGUUGGGUAUUAUUAUCGGCGCGCGUUUCCGGUUGCAUAAUACGCGAGUUCCCGUUGUGACACAAACGCGAUCUAUCUAGGUACGCCGGUACCUAUAACACAUUUUCAUUCGUCCGUUUCUCUUUGCGACCAUAUAAUAAUCGUAGUAGCUGAAGUUGUAGUAGUCACUAUUAUUAUUAUUAUCGGCAGAUAAUAUUAUACGAGUAUGUGCGCGAUGCGUUUACUUUCUCUUUCGGUUUAAUAUAGGUACCUAUAUUUAUGCAUACUGCUCUCAAAUGUGCAAUCCGUCGACCUAGUAUAAUAUUAUUAUCAUACCUAUACGUUGAAUACCACCGAUAUACCCAUACCUUUGAACGGGUGUCGGUCGGUUACCUAACCUUAUUACCGGCUAUACUAUCAAGACGGUAUUCCAACGACGUCGCGAGUUGUUUGUUUUUUUUUUUUUUUUGUGUUUUCUCGUAUUCCGAAUAGCCGUUGUAAUCUGGGGGUAUAGGUAUAACGUUCGAUUGGUAACCCAGACUUGCCGGGAAAUGGCCAGAGUCGAGUUGAUUUUUCAUCUCAUUUUCUCGUUGGGGUCACAGCGUUAUAGGUAGUCGGUUGAUUUUGUUUUGUUUAGUUUUUUUUUUUUUUCGUGUGUUAUCAGCAUUAUAUACUUAGGUGGACACGACGUCGCCGGAAUACCGUUCCUGUAGAGCCCGAUCGGAGAAGUUGGCCGUUGGCGAUUUGACGGUGGUUCCGGUGACGGGUAAAGACAAAUCAGGGGAGAAAUUGCAAUCGAUACAUUCGUACAAACGUCCCACCUCCCACUACCUAUCCGAUAGAUUUUGGUUUUUUUACGUACUCCCUAUUAAUACUUACUUAGGCCUCGUUGAUCAUAAAAACACAAUAAAAACGUGAUUAUGAUGACAAAACAAGUACACUGAUAUAUGUCUGGAAAUAUGUUUUUAGAAAAAUUUUCGUUAAAUCUGUCGCAAAAAUUUAAAAAAACCAAAUAAAAUCGAUUUGAAAAAACUACCUGUUCCGUGGACAUUUAUAACGGUUACAUUCAGAGUUAUAUUAUUAGAUUAAUAAUAUAAACUAUACAGGCGUCGAAAUAAAAUUUAUACGACUAACGAGACCUGAACGAGUACUUCCCUAUAUUAUUGGACGAAUCUACAAAAACAAAUUUUCGCCUUAUCGCCCGUUAAAUAGACGACAAACUAAUAUGUGUUUGCUCGACGUCCUUUUAAAUUACUCGGUUUUCUCGAUCGCGCGAUGAAAUUAACAAACUAUAAUAUAGGUAGUGCCAAACAAAAAAAUGGAUAGGCUAUUUUUAUAACAAUAUUGUAUGUCAGACGAUGUUCCCAGGGUAGAAUGCAAGGUACCAUAAUAAGAAUUGAAAACACGUUAAAAGAUCUUUUGCAUCUUGUUGCAUUAUUUAUUUUAGACACUCCGUUCCGUCUGGUACUUUAUCCAGUGGUAAAAGUGCUAACUUAUCAACCGUGCCGCAAUAUUUUCGUAAAUUACUAUCCGUUACUAUCUUUUUUUUUCCGACGUUUUUUGUAUAUUGCUGACAAUCAAGUUUCUGAUCUUUUCUAUGUGUUGAUUAACACAUAAGUGAUAAAUAUAUUUCGUUUGCACAAGUAGGUUUUAGCGAAUAAUUAAAUCCCCUUCUUUUUAGAUAUUCUUCUCUUGGCAAUUCAAUGAGUACAUUUCAGGGAAUGUUAGAUAUCUCUUUCCCAAAAAUUAGAGCAGGCCAAUCGUUUGUUAUUUGAACUUUUUCCGCAAUUAGAUUUUUCUAUUUUUUUCGCAGAAAUAAUGUACUUUGCACGUCUUCGUCGGUGUUCGUUAUUCACAUAAAUAAAAAUUGAAUUAAUUAUGUUGAAAUCGGUUUUUAAAAACACGGAGCCUUCAUAGAGCUGUUUUUUGAACACCUCCAACGAAUAAAAUUACAACAGUCUUUUUGAAAAUUAUGCAAAAAUCCUUUGUUUACAAUCAGAAGGUAUUUUCUGUUAGAAUUAAUUAAUUUCCUUUUUAAAUAAAACCAUAAAACAAGAAAAUCUAACCAAAUAAUAUUAGUAGUUAAUCUAUGUAAUAUGAAAAACAUACACGAUUUACGAUCAAGUGCCCGAAUCCUCCGCGAAUUUUUUAAUCAGCCUAACCUAAUCUAAUAAUUAAGUAGUAUAAGUAUCAUAGAAAGAAAAAAAGGGUAUUACCAUUAACGCAGAAACACUUUCGAUAAUUUAUUGUAAGCGUAAACUGAAAAAGCAUUGUAUACCCGACCCGCGAACCUAUAAAUCACUUAUAGUCAAUACAGCUUUUUGUUUUCUACUUUUAUUAAAUACGGCGCGUACUUCUCAAUAUUACCGUAUUUUGGAUUUUCUGGAUUUUUCCUCUCAAAUAUGAAAAGCUAAAAGUCUUUGCCUGUUAUCAAAUAUUUAGCCUGCAAUUACAAAAAAAAAAACUCUGUUCGUCUUUUCAGUUUAAAUUAUAGAUAAUAAAAAAAAAAAAUAAUAAAUAAAAGAAUAUUUUAUAACUAUUUUGCAAAUCAAAAUAAUAACAAUAUGUAACAUUUGUUAUUAUGGUUUUAAAAAUAUUAAACAAUUAGAUUGCCUGUACCUAGUUCAAUAAUUGAUACCUACCUAUGACCUAUAGAUAAGAUAGGUUAAUAGCAGAUAUUCUAUUUUUUUUUAAAAAAAAAAAAAAGUAAUAUAAACAUAUUAUAUGAAUAUACCUAACUCUGAAUAUAACUACUAAAAUAAGUUAAAAUCUAAAAAUCGGAAAGGUAAAAUACGGUUUAAAUUAAAAUGUAUUCCUGUCGAUAUUGUAAGAAUAUUUGAUAUCCGCUCGUACUGUGUCCAUUUUACAAACGGCUACAUGAUAUAAGCGCCAAAUGUAUAAAAAUUACAUGUCAUUUUUGUCAUAAUUAGUAAGACAUAAGCGCCAAAGAUGUGUAUAUAUAUAUAUAUAUAUAUAUAUAUAAAAAUUUAGUUUCGCCAAUAAUAAUAUUUUAUGUAUUUAAAAUCGCCAAUAAUCAAUAAUCGUUAAUUGUAAUAUUAAAUUAAUAAUAUGUAUACAAAUAAAUAAAUAAUAAUAAUUGAUUUUUAACCCAAUUCUUUUCAAUUUUUCAAAAUAAUUGAAAUUGUUCAUUUAAAUGCCGAUAAUAUGAUUCAGCUACAUUUUUAGUUUAUAUUACAUCCUUAUCCAGAAAUGCAACCCAAAUUUCUGAAAGAAAUUUACUAAAAUCAACCUGAAUCAAUAUUAAAUGUCUCUAAAAUGUAAUCGGCCAAUUUGGAAGUCGUUUGAUCUUCCGGCGCGAUUGACAUUAAAUCUACAAAAAGCAUCAGAAACUUCAAUGCGCGUAAUAAAAGUUAGACCAAACAAAGACUUCUACCAAAUCUCUUUUUCAGAGUUCUUCGUGCGUUCAUUCCGAAAAGCCAAGCUUGAACAAUAUAGUUCUGAAUUUAAUAUCUUGAAUGAAGCACACGGGUAGCAGGUACCUACACUACCUAGGAUUUUGGCGCUUUUAUACGAUACAUUUAAAUUUUUUUUUCAUCUCGUUUUGGCACUUAUAUCUUCCAUCGUUAUAACCGUACGUCAUAGCAAAUUUACGUUCACAAGUCAACAACUUCAGUGACAACAUUAUGCUGUUAUUAUUAAUAUAAGAGUGAAUUGACCAAUUAUCAUAAUUAAAUUUCAGUACAUUAUCUGUGCAAGUGUACAACUUUAGUCCUAUUUUUUCGAUAUUUCAAUUUUCAAGCGAGAUAUAAACGUUAUUAAAUUAUAAUAUGUAACAUAUUACCUAUCUAAGUGAAAUAUAUACUAUCGAGAAAAAAAAUAUCGUCAACGUUGCACAAAUAAUGUUCUUAUCUUAAAGUUUGAUAAUAACUUUGUCAGUUCACUAUGUAUAAAAAUCAACAACACAAUUGUAUCCCUGUUGAACGCAAAUUUGCUAUGCCUUAUUCGUUUGUAAGACGGAGACAACACAUACGGGUAUCACAUACUCUAAUAAUCGUGGUCACUAAUAUACUAAUUUACAUUUUCAUUCUUAAAAUUUCGAAGUAACUAGCCGUCGAGAAAUUUAAUACAAACAACUCGAAUAACAAUAAUAGAAUUCGAACUUAUUAUAACAGUGUUAAUGUAAGACUAUAGGUGUAAAACGAUAUUUACAAAAUAGAAACCUAUCUACUAAAUAAUGUAUAGAUAUACUGAAAAUAUUUAUCAAUAAUAUUUUUUAAUAUUAUCCUAAAAAACUUGUUCCGUAAAAUUUACACGGAAAAGUCUGUUUUGCUUUAGUUACUAUAAAUCAUUGGAGCUUUACAUACCCCCCCCCCCCCCCCACAAAAAAAAAACGAAUUUUAUCAUUAACUAUUUGGUCUAUAACUUAGUCAUUUUGCUAUCAAUUUCAAUGAAAGUUCAUAGACUGGUGUCUUAAAUACAGAAUCGACACGCAAAGUCGUCGACAAAUUAUUUAGAUAUCUAAGUCGAGGUACUCUUUAUUGAUAUUUGCACCUACUUAGUGGCGCUAAUCAUAAUAAGCAAACCAUAUUUUAAUUUUAUCACUCCCAAUCAACAUUUUACAAGGAUGGUGUGUAAGUGUGUAACAAUCAAUACUGUUAGGUAAUCUGAAAUAUUUCCAACCACCUACCUAGUGGAUUCUGUUAUAACGAAAGGUUUGGUUCCUAGGUUAGGUUAGGUAUACGUUCCUUUAUGUGUUGUGACCCUCGUUGCAAUAAGACAAUUUUAGAAACAUUAUAUAGGUACCGAUAUUUUAUUCGUCGUAUUUUAUAAUUUGAUACAUCUAAUUUGUUAUUAUAGUCGUUUAAACGUAUACUGAAUUACAUGUAUCAAUAUUAUUAUCAUGUUUAUAUGUAUAGUAGGUACCUACCUAAUAUAUUAUUACCCAUUCAACAGUAUGUGUACAUAAAUUAUAAAAAUAACGAAGGUUGUCCGAAGAAAAUUCGUAAUAAUUAUAACAGAUUCCGAGAUUUCUUGAUUUGCAUCUACCUACUCAUUUAUUAUGUAACAAAAAAAAAACUCUACAGUAGAUACCGUCUACCUAUAAUAUAAUAUAUUAUUAAUUAUAAUAAUUUGUCAGAUAUUGCCCCGCACCUAAUAUAGUUUAUAAUAAUCGUUGAACAUGGAAAACUCCCGGUGUAAUAAUACAUAAGUUAUUCGUUUAAGACUAAUGUAACGACAUGCGGGGCCGGCUUGAAGCAGGUGUAAGCUGUGCACGCGCACAGGGCCUCGCGCUAUUAGAGGCACCGCGUCUAGUCGCUAUCAUAGCUAGAUAAUAAUUCGCACAUGAUUAUUUAGAAAAAUACCAUUUAAAACAAAUGAACUGGAAACAGUUGUAUUGUAAAGAUCUAUAUCAGCGUUUGAUAUUUGAAAAAAAUAAGCCCCGCAAAAAUAACUGCACAGGGCCUCGAUAUUUUCCAAUCUAGCAAUGACCCUAAGUAAAAAAACAUAUUAUUAAUCAAUCAUUGGCAUCUGGGAAAAAAAAUUCCAAUCAAAUGUUUUUGAAAAAUUGUUUUUAUUUUUCUGUAUUACUGGUAUAUAAAUCAUACAAUAAGACUGAUCAAAGAAUCAUCUAUACAAGAUGAUCAAAAAUGACUCGGUGGAUAUUUUAAAUUCCCAAUUGAAGUCUCGACCUCGUUCACUUUCGAAAAAUGACGUAUGCCCUUUUCCCAUGGUGCCAACGGCAUAAUGUAAUAGGCGCAGUGAAACGCCAUAGCCAUGGAGGGGGGUCCGGAUGAUGUUCGACUAUGUACAUCUAUUUUACACCACACUAGUAGUUUGUUAACUUUUUUGAUAUUUUGUAACUUUUGAAAAUUGAAAUUGGUUUUAGGAGUUAUACAAAACACCAUACUUGUUGUUCCGAACCUGAUAUUGCUCCAAGGAAGUUAGUUUCCUGAGCGCAAACCAAAAUAAUACCUAAAGUGCUCGAUGAAAAACCACCACCACAGAUUACGUAUUUACAGAUCGUUUGAGUCGAACUGGGAUAAUAUCUAUAAAUACGCGGUCGGAGACAGUAUAAUAUAUAUAGAUACGUAAAUAAACGCGUGAUGCAAGAGAGUAAUACCUAUAUACGUAUUAAUUACUUACAUCUAUUGGAAAUUACACUAUGGAGAAAGGAUCAUUAUAAUUUAUAUUAUUAUUAUAUGUGAUAAUCGUACGGCCAGUACAAUAAUCAGAAAAAUAUUCUUUGACGAUUAAACGCGGCAGUGAUGCAAUUUUGGGAGAUUUAGUAUUUGCUUAUAAAUAUAUUUGCACGCGAAACAAUGCAUAUGAUUAUUCGUAUAAUAUAACGGAGAUGGAAAAAAGAAAAAAGAAAAAUGAGGUCAUUACUGUUCCACUGUGCUGCGACUAAACCGGACGAUUGAGUAGUGGAAGUUUGAGGUCAAACGUUAACCUUAUUAUUUCAACACUAUACCUAUGCGAAAAACUAAAUAACUCGCGAAUAACGAUUAUAAUAAAUACUAUAAUACCCGAUAUUAUAAUGUUUUGAUAAAUGAGUUAAAAUAAUUCGAUAAAAUGAUGUUACCUAUGAUUACAAUCAAUACAAUUAUAUUUAUUUAAUUGCGUAUUAUCAUAAGUAAUAAUCAAAGUAACAUAAUUUAUUUAAUUGUUCACGUAUCUACGAGUAUUAUUAAUAUUUAAUGUUUAUAUAGGUGAAGAUUCGUCUGUGCACUAGGUGACAAAAGUAAAAGGAAUUUAAAAUUUUGACCAAAGUUCACCAAGUUCUAAUAUUCAGAGUUUUUUUUUUUUUAUACGCCUAGCUUACAUUUCAAAGCUAUAAUCUUCUACGAUUGAAUAUUAUCUAUAAAACCUAACUAUCUCUCCAUAGACUAACAAAUAAAAUCGUAUUUUAUCCGAGAUUAUAAAUCAUGUAUAUUAUGUAAUAUGUGUGUUUCUCAAUUUAACAGAUUGGUCAGUCGCUGGAUUUUAUCGUUCCUAAAUUCAACUGCUGAUCAAUUCCCUGGAAGGGAUUGUUUUAUAAGAAAACAAGUUAUUUUUUGGGUCAAUUCGUCAUAGUUUUCAUCACGGACUUAGUUGGUAGUUUUCAUUUAACAAAUGGAUGAGUGAAGAAGCGACGAGAAGAAAUAUAUAAAGAAUGAGUACGAAAUGAGUAGAAAUGAAAUCGGAGCAAGUUCUAUAGUAGAAAAGUUGUCCACAGAAAAAAACAAAUCUUUAUAAAACCAUAAGCUUAUAUUAACUGAUUUUAUGAUAAUAUUUUAGCGGUUAAUGGUAGUUACGUGUAAGAAUCAGGAAGUUCUAUUGCAAUAACAAAAAAGUAUUCCUAAACUCCUUAAAUAGUAGGUGCAGUUUUAUGAACACGCUAAUAGGAAAAUAUUACUAUAAUUAUGUAUUAUAAAAAUAAAACAAAACCCUUCAAAAAUAGUAGAUUUAUUUAAGUAUCUAUACUUCCUCAAAUAUACAUUAAUUAUUUUUAUCUACCUAUCAAUUAUAUUGAAUUAAAAUUAAAUUUGAAAAAUCAUUUUAUUGAGGAAAACAAAAAAAAAACUGAAUACAUAAUUGUUAAAUAGCCUAUAUUGUUUCAGUUGAUUUAAAUAUUUUAAUGGCAAAAGAUCGCUUUAAAAAUAAUAUCGUUACAAUUAAAAAAAAAUAUAUAUUAUUUCAGAUAAAUUGAAAUGUAGGUAAAAAAAUGUUGAUACUGCUCACAGGUAGACCACUGUUGUAGGUGGGUAGUAAAAAAGGUAUAAUAUACAUUGUUAUAUAGUUUUAGUACGCAACGAACGAUUAAUCAUUAAAAAUAAUGAACGAUUUUGAUCAGAAUAGUAUAGUACUACUAUAGUAGUGUUUUUCUCUUGUUGCCAAAAGAAUCCAGAUAUAUAUAUAAAACCACCUGGAUGUAAACUGCUAAAGAUGUUGAUAAAUAAACUAAAAUAAAGUUUCAAAUAGAGCAGAUGACAUCAGGCGAAAAAUAUGUUUUUAUUUCGCAAGUAUGCCAUUGAAAAAUCGGAGCAUUUUCAAUAACCGAAAAAAGAAAAAAACACAAAACACAUACACACACAUAUUAGAAAAAAUAAUAUCUUGUUUGCUAUACAAAAAAUCAAAAAAUAUAUAUAUUGUCAUUAUUUGUUACGUUUUUCGUAAUAUUUUUUAACCGUAAAAUUGAAUAGAAAAAACACCUUGGUUAAAUUGAAUUAUGACCUGUGCUAAAUAAAUCAUAAUUUUUAUUUUUAUCAUUACAUUAUUAAAAACCUAAACACGUCCAUUUAUUUUAAGUAAAAGACUUUUUUUUAUUAUUAUUUUAUGAAUAUAUUUACCGGUAUAUAAUUUAAUUUUGCAUUUAUGUAUGUUUGUUGACAGACAAUUAUUCGUGAUCAACGUGCGUAUAGGUGUGUAUGUAUUUACUGUUUAUGUAUACGUAUCGUGUGUAAUCUGCAGUAAAAAUUGAAUGUUCGUGACUUCAAUUAUACUUAAAUUAAACGUCCAAGGCUCUCAAGUCUUAUAUCAUUUUUUUUGGAUUCCUAUCAGUCGCAUAUCCUGCGGUUUUUAAUUUUUUUUAUAGGUCCAUUAAGUUGAUUUAUACUAACAUUACCCUAAUCUAGUGGCCAAUGCGUAAAUAAUAAAAUUGUUGUCAUAUAUUUUGUGUUAUUUUUUAUGUGGAAAUUUCCGGUUCAAAUUUUUCAUUUCAUAAAAUCGUAUUGACAGUAUAGGUAAAUAAAUGUUUAAAGAUUCUGUUAUUAUCUAAGUCUAUUGUUGAUUUCUUCCAACUAUUCUCCGAGUAUAACAAAAAUGUAGUUUUAAUUUUAUUUUUGUCCGUAAAUAUUAACGAAUGGUUAACAGUGUAUUAAUGUCCGUAUAAUAAUUGUGUGAAAUCAACGGUUUUUUCUAAAGAAUUAACCCCUCCUUAGUUACAUGAGAUUGAUUAUUUAUUUUAGCUAGUUUUUUUUUUCUUGAAAAUUAUCGAAUUCUACCGUUAAAUCACUUGUUACCGAUAAAGUAGUAAUGUAAAAAACUAAAGUAUUUAAUAAAUACUAUUUAUAAACUAUACAGUAUAUACGUAUAUUUUUGUUAAUCCGAGGCAGAUAAUAUUAUCAAAAACUGUAAAAUAACUUAUUGACAGAUUUGAAUUCAUAAACCAAACUAAUAAUAAUAUUAAUUUUAGUUAAAUACAUUUCGCCGAAACCCCCCAAAAAAUAUAAAUUGUUUAAUAAUAAUUAUAACUUGUACAUCAUACUGAAUUGUAUUACACAAAUAAAUAUUUAAUCACUGGAACUUUUUUUCGUUUUUUUAUUUAUUUUUUUUUUUUUAAUAUAAGUGCAUAUUAAUAUAAUAUUUAUAACCAUAGUAAUCUUCAUCGUCAUUCGAUGUGAUAUGAGUGUCCAUUUAAUUUUUUAUUUGCAUAAACACGCCAUCAUAGCCAUUAAAAAUAAUGUAGGGUCAAUAACUUUUUAAAGAUUUCAAUGUAUUAUUCAGUCGGUAAAACUGAAGUUAGUUUAUUCAAGAAACUGUCAUAAUAAUUUAAUAUUUUAUACGAAUACACGGAUUAGCUAUAGACAAGAUUAACGAUGAUUUUGAUUUAUAAUGUCCGGUUGUUCUUAACACAAAAAAAAAAAAAAAAUUAAAUAUAAACGUUGUAUUAUUAUCAAAGUAAUUUACGGUUUAAUAACAAUAAUAUUUCAGUAUACAGAGUGACCAAUCUUCGACUAGACACUCAUUCUUAUUCGCAUUAUCUCAAUAAAGUAUUAAACAAGCAGCUCUAAAAUGUUACAUUACUUUUAUUUGUUGUUACCCUAAUUUUUAGGGAUGAAACGACUAUUAAUUUAUGAUUUACAAAUGGCAACAUGUAUUAAAAAUUCCAUAAUAAAAUUAAGAUGAAGAUUUAAUUUAAAUUAACUUUGAUGUUGAAAAUUAGAAUUUCCAUCAAUUCCUCACUUUUAAGUAUAGUUAGAAGGAGAGUAGUGGAGUAUCAUCUCACAUUUGUGUGACGGCGCGGCGCGCGACGUUUUAAUAGUGCUUCACUAAACUGUCUCCUUACCCAAAAUUAAAAAAAGAAUAGGUACCUUGGAAAUUGAAAACUUAAACACAAAGAUGUCUUUAAACUAAAACUUCAUCCAUUUUUGAAAUUUUUAAUAUAGGUUGUUGUUCGAAAACCAAAAGUGGGUAGUAGUUUCAUCUCCAAUACUAAGGAUGACGACAAAUAAAUGUAUAUAACAUAUUUUUAGAGUUACUUGUUUCAUAAAAAUAUUCUCUGAAAUAAUAAGGUCUUAUCAAAGAUUGAUCGCCCUGUAUAUAUUAUGCACGCACAGAAAUCAGCAACAAAAUACUCGUAUGUGUAUAAUAUUUGCACACUAUUUAAAUACAGUUCAAAAAUUAAUGUAGAUGUGUUCAGAGAGGCGUGCGCAAGAGGACGGCGUUCAGGGUUUCCCCUCUCCUAAUUGGCUUAAAAAUACAACAACAAUAUUUGAUAAUUUAAUCUUAAAACUAUAUACAUUGCAAUCGAGCUAUAAGCUCGGUUCGUUGGAUAAGAAUUAUUGGCUUUAUUGGAUUCGAUUUUUAAAUUUCCUUUGUCGAUAUAGAAGUUAUAAGUUGUUAUAGAAGAUUUUACGAUUUAUACGUGAUUUUAUUAUUGACUAUAUACAUCCCCUCCAAUUGAAUAUUCUCGGGCACGACACUGGGUAUAUUGCAUAUUACGAUAAACUUAAGUUGUUCGUCUGCAGGCAGAUAUAGUGACUAGGUAUACCUACAUACGAGUAUAAACCGUCCUAUACUUAUAUUGACGGUUUAUUGUGUCUAUAACCCGCAACCUUUUGGUUUAUUAUAAUAAUAAUAAUUUUUUUUUUUUUUUUUGUAUCGUGUUAAACCGUAAACUAUAAUUAUAGCGGUAAUUAUGAGAAGAUGCCGAUAAUAGUAAUUAUUGUUUAGAGUUUUCGGUUUGCGUGUGUAAUACAAUUUUGUUGGCAAAUUUUGUAUAGUGUAGGCACCUAAACUAACCUAUAAUAACGGUCGUGGCAAAAUAUUUUUAUUUUUAAAACCACUGUUCGCCUGCUUCAGUAUCUAUAUAUGUAUAGAUAUUAUUACAUAGGUAAUAUUCGUGAACCCAUGCAAUAUACCUAGGUGUAAAUAUAUGUGAUAAUAUUAUUUCCCUGAAACCGGUUAAUUUUUUUUUUUAUUUACAUAUAUAUAAUAAGGUAUCGCAUAGCGCGAGGCAACUUGUUUAUUCAUUUUUUUUCUUUUUAUAUCGGUAUUAUAAUAUCAUAUUUAGGUUGAUUUUACGUAUAAAACUAUCUGUGUAGUAACGUUGGUCAGAACGAGUAAAAAAAAAAAAUGCGCAUUUUAGUCUUUUUAAUCCCUUAGACUAUAACUGUAAUACAAAUUAAUAUUUUCGUAAAACAAGAAAGUAAUUCAAUAAUAUUACAUAAAUUCAACGGAAAAUACACGCCUGAAAAAAAAAUCGAAUUGUCUUCAUAAGUAUAUUUUAAAUACUAACUGAACUUGCGUUCCGAAAUUCAACUAAAACUACGGCUCUGUAUGAAAGAUUGUUGAAUACCAACACGUUUAGAUUGCAUUGAACAACGAAAUAUGAAUAUUUACAAUUAUUUUAAAUUACGAUUUUGUUACCUUAUCUGGUAUAAAUUUAAAAUGAAAUUGAUACGAAAUAUCGAUAGGAAAAUUGAAUGCCGCCAGAUCAAAUAGAUGGAAAUUUAGUUGACAUCACUGAUUUUCGGAACGAAAUCCAACAGUAUGAUAUUUUCAAAACCAUUGAGUUUUGUACUGUAUAAUAUUAUUGUUUUGAUUGAAUUUCGAAAUACACCGUUGCAAAUGGUAUUUUAAAAUACAUAUAAACACAUGUUGAUUUAAAGACAUUUAAAAAAGUUUGGUAAUUUAUUGAAAUCGUUAUCUUAUAAUCAACUUCUAACCUAUAUAGAAAAGAUUAAUUUUUAAAUACUACCUAUUUACAUAGUUCAAGUCGUGCAUAUUUAAAUUCUCAUAUAAAAUUGAAAAUCCGUAUAUGUCUGCCCGUUUGUCCGCUAUACGAAUCUAAAUUUUUUUCCGACCUUGAUAAAAUUUUACACACUUGGUAUUUAAAACGAAACAAAGUCGCUGUCUAAUGUUCAUCUCUAAAUUCAACCCCUAAAAGGUGGUUAACCUAUCCCAGAGUAAUUGGUUAUUUGCGGAACGAAAAUUGUAUUCUUUUUUUUUUUGUUAUUUAUAAGUUAUUUUGGCGAUACGGAUGAAAAUAUCUGAGAUUUAUUAUUAUUUAAUUUGGCUGCCACAAACAAAGAGGAAUAUUUACCAUUUGUUAUUAAGAGAUGGAAACUGGGAGACUCGUUAAAUCGUUCAUUUCCUUAUUGAUUAUUGUUUUCGAGAGGAUCGAGCCGGGAAAAUAUCGGGCGAUUCAACUAGUAUAAUAUUAUAAUAUCGAUUCGAUUUGAAAUACAUAUUAUAUAUAUAUAGCUACAGAUGAUAAUAAUAUAAUAUUGUGAUUGUUAUACUUCACGCGCAGGAAUCCAAAUACGCGAAGGCCGUACAAAAGCAUAAUAUUUUGGCUCAGAGCAUUCGGCAUAAUAAUAAUAUACGUACAUGUAUAUUAUUACGGUCAAACCAAAAUCGACCGUGGCCAUCUUUCGGCGACGGAUUGAGUAAUUUUUUUUUUUUUUUUUUUCAUGUAUAAAUCGAUAUUCGAAGACGAUUCGGUACACCCGGCUAUUUAUUUCGCCGUCGCCGCAGCGCGGACGUCACGGAGAGACGGAUUAUUAUUAUUAUUAUUUUUAUUUACGAAAAAAGCGGUCGUAUAUACGCACAUACCGCAAUAUUCGAGACCGGGUGUAAUGAAUCUCUCGCGCGAAUAUCUUUCGCAAAUGCUAAUCGGUGUGAACCACCUACCUAUCGGCAGUGAUAUAAUAAUAACGUGCGCGCGCCCGGUCCGCGUAUGUGCGUGCGCGUGGAUGAUGUGUGUCGGGUCGGCCGGUCGUCGUCGUUGAGCAACUUUUUUCAUCUCUCUAUAGUGUGUGUGUGUGUGUGUAUUUGCGAAUACUUGAAGAAAAAAAAAAUGAAUAAUAAUAAAAAAAAAAAAAAAAAAAUAGUAGAGAUUGUCGUCGCGGCGGCGGGCGUCGGCCGUGUCGAAACAGUCCGGUGCAGGCUUGGCGCGUGUAUAUACGCGAACGACACACAGCCUCUCUGCGCGCGUUAAAUAACCUGCUGUAUUAUAUACACAUUAUUUUUUUUUAUUUUUUUUUUUUUUUUUUUAUUAUUGUUAUUAAACGGGCCGGCCUCAUGUCGAAAACCGCAGACACGCGCCGCCGCCGCCGCCUCGGUAUUACUUAAUCGGUGCCUAUAUAGUACACAAAAAUAUAUAGGUGUAUACUAUAUAGUUGUAUUACACCCGACUUUAACCCCGUGCACACUGCACAACGAAGAACCACACGGGAAAAACGUUUGAAAAUAAUUUCAACGCGUUUCUCCGCGGAAACAGAGACGCAUUUUUACGCGGGAGACGCGUUUCAAGGUGACGUUAUAAUCGUUCGAAACGCGGUAAAAUAGUAUAGUCGGGUUUAUUUUUUUUUCUUUUGAUAUUAACCCCGUUCCCACGCGGUUGGCACUAACUCGGCGUGCGGCCUAUGAAAGGCCUACUAGAAAUAAACAAACAAAGAAGUAUAAUUUUCGUGUUCUAAGGACGAACUUCUCGUGUAAGCCCUUUGUUAACGAUUGAAUAUCCCGUUCGAACCAACAUUCCGGGAACUAAUAAGGUCAAACCGCGAAAUACUAAGCUUAAAUGGCCGAGUAGUUUUUUCGAUUUUAUAAAUUCUACAAACACCUACAUCAAUUGCCAUUUAUACGAUCAUAAUUUCGCCUUUUGACUUAAUAUAAGGGCUUCGUACGUAUAUAAAACCCAACCGUUUCGUGUAAAUAUCACCUAUAAUAAUUUGGAUCUAUUAAUAGGGUAAAGCAAAAUUUUUGCCAAAAAUAACUUUUUUAUGGCAAAAAAAAAAAAUGAAGAAAAAUCGGCUUUAUCAACGAUAAUAAUGUGUAAGCGACCACUGUAGCGAUCUACAAUUCAUCAGAAAUUUACGGUUAUUUUUCCAUAAAUGCCGUUUUCGUGAACGAUAGGUAUUGAAAUUGUUGACAGCGUAAAGUUUUUAGUGAUGAUGUUUGAGUGGUGUGAAUAGCAAUAAUAUCAGUGUUGAAACCGUAGGAGUCCAGCAAUGGUAUCUAUACAGUUGUCAAAUUUUACCAACGAGAAUACUGUGAUAUAAUGUAUAUACUAUACACUGAACUCAAAGCUUCUGUAUGAUGUAGUCUCCGAUUGUCAGAUAUCCAAAAUAAUAAAAUGUAUUACAAUUUUUAGCGACAUUGUUAAAUUUUAGAUUCUGAAUGGAGCGAAAACGCAAUAAUUUUUUUUAUUAUUAAUUUUUAUCUGUGAACAAAUUUUCUACCAUAGAUAUUGAUCCGAUAUCCAAUGAUAGCACUUUUUCUAAAAGAAAAUCUGACUGGAGUGGUACUUAAAAAAGUCGUUGUUUUGAUUUUCCCAAGAGUUUUCCCAAUACAUUUGGGAAACCAGGAAAAAACAUAAAAAAGGGGAAAAUAGGUACAAAAUUAAACAAAUAUUAUUAAAGAAAAAAUAUAAUGCAUAAUAUGUAAUUAUUUUACUAUAAUAUCAUAUAUAUAAUAUAUAUUGUUGACAAAGCAAUAUUAUCAACUGAACUCCGCUUAGAAUUGUUUUUUAAUUAGCAAUGGCUAAUCGUUGCGUGCAGAUACACAUUAAAUUUCCCAGCUACCUUCCCAACUUCUCAUCUACGAUCAUUUUAAGUUUUUCAAAUUCUAAUAGUUUAUUUUGUAAUAGUGAUAUUGAUGAACUGAAACCAAUGUUUGCAAAUUCUGUUUAUUUUUUGGUGAAAAUUUGUUUUUUUACUGAUAGCCCUAAAGCCCGAGAAGUUUUUGGCCGUGUGAAACAUAAACAUUUUUGUUAAUUUUAAAAUUACACAAUAAAUACUUGUGAUAAUGACUCGGACCAUUUUUCCGCUAAUGGAUAAAGCAACUCAUUAAAAUACGGAAGGUAAUACGUCCUCAUCGUAACAUCGAAUAUUUAAAACGUUUUUUUUUUUUUCGUAUUCCUGAACAAUCGUCGAAAUAUCGCGAUACAGGAGGUUAAAAAGUGGUCCGCCUAGUGAUACCGGGUACGCUAUGUGUACAUAAUAUAUAGACAUUUAUAUAUAUGAAUAGGACACUGAGUGUCCACGACAAUAAAAUAUACAGUGUGUGCCGCUUAAAAACUUGUUAAAACCUUGACACUGUAGCUCGACGUCAUCGGUGUUAUUAUUUAUACAGAACCGGCCGCGAUGCGUUGAAAUUCCGCCAUAGUCACAUCCGAAGCCGCACGCCCGCGCACCGAACCGCAGCACACACACACACACGCACACCGUAUAACAAUAAUAGUAUUUUUUACUACAAAAUAUACACCAAUAAUCAGACCUGUACUUACUCACGAUAAUAUUUUAUGUGUAUCACGUUUGGCUAUACACACGUUUCGAGGAGUAACCGCGCGAAUACCUAUAUGAUAUCUGAAAUCUUAUUACGCCUGGACGGAGGUAUUAUACCUAUAUACAUUUACACGACUCGUCGCCGUCAAAAGAAUUAAAAACGACGGUGUACAAAAACGCGCUGCUGCAACGUUUGUGCGCACGCACAAUACCUGCAUCACUAUCACUUCGCAUUUUUUAGGUCGACAACAUAUUAUUUUAUAGACCGUUUUAUAUAUACCUGUAUACAUACUGGUAUACCUAAUAGUAUGAAAACGCGGACUGUUCUAAAAAUCCUAAUAUAAUAAACAAUAAUAAUAAACUGUUACACAAUGUCGUCCGUGUUCUGUCGCACUAUCGCCGUGAUGCAAUAAUUAAUUGGGAACGUGUGUGUGUGAACAUUUGUCCGAUAAUUAUUAUUAUCGACUGACGGAACUUUGCGGGUUUUAUAUCACUAACACGUUUUUUUUUUUAAUAUAAUAAGCAUAUUCUGUUGUGUUUCAAUAUACAAGCAUUUUGGCCCUCUUUUGAGUUAUUUCUGGUUGGCUAUUUAGGAGUUUUCAAUUUAUGUGCUUUUUUGAAGGCACAAAACCAUUUGAUUACUUUACCGUCAAUAUCUGUACGCACCUAUGAUUUGUUGGAACUUCACCAGUAUUUGCAUCAGAUUAUCGUACAAAUACGCACAAAUUAUGUAAUUGUGCCACCUGUUGUAGAACAUUGUACACGAACUCCUGGAAAGGUGACCAACUUCUCAUGACGGUCUUUCCCACAGACGUAUCGUAAUCUUGAGAUAAAAUAUUAUUUUUCUCAUGUGCAAAAUCGUUUGGCCUUCUGGAUAAAUUCAACAGCUUACUACAUAUUUUCAGCACGAAAAACACUCAAUUUCUCAACAGUUCACACUAUUUUUAGAAAUUCAUAUUAUGUCUCAAUUUCUGAACGAAAACAGUGCAUUUUUACUACCUACACACAAUUUAUAAGUUAGUUUUGAAGUAGUAUGUGUCAUAGUAAUAAAAUUCAUAAACAUAAAUACAAACUAUAAAAUAUUCAUAUAAAAUAUUCUUACAUACAUUCUCGUAAUAUAACAUAUAAGAAUUCAAAAUUAAUUAUUUCAGACUUAUUGUGAUGUUGUUUUUCUGAUUAAUAUCGGUAAAAAAAUAAUUAUACACUUACCUUAUUAGUUAAUUAAUUAAACUCGUACUAUAAUCUUCAUGUGGUCAAUAAAUAAAUACAUAAUAAUAGAAACCUUUUGUAACGACGUUGAAGGUGAUAACUUUAGUAUUAUAUAUAUGUGUUCGAUUUUGUAUAUACCUACCUAUAUCCUCAAAAUUCGUUUUAUUAAAUGCAACGUCGUCGUUUCGUUUGAUAAGAGAUUUUUUACUUAUGAACGGAUUGGUUUACAAAAUUUAACCUUCCCCGAUCCGAUCUAACUCUGUACCUUUACCUACUUAACGUUUUUGUUUUUUUUUUUUUUUUUACAGGCUCGUUGGACAACGAAUUUUUAA